AUGAACGUGAACAUCGCUACCAGCACCAACAGCACCGACUACAUGUUUGGAUUGGAUCCCGGAGCGGCGGACUUUCUCCGAGAUUGCGGCAGAGGUGGUCUUCAGGCGCUCGAGAUUGUCGCUAUAUCCGAGAAUGUUUUCUCGCCGAGUUUGAAGGCGGCUGUUACCGACACCUUGGCCAUCGUUGAUAUCACGAAGAAAUUUAAUACCAAUAAGAAAGCCUGGGCCGAGCUCUCGGAGAACCUCAUCGCGCAGGUCGAGGAGAUUAUUCAGCGUACCUGUCAUUAUGGGAAGGAUCAUGUUCCGCGUGCUUGGCAAUCAAGUCUUGAACAUCUUAAAGGAGUUUUGAAUUAUUUAAAAGAAAGAGUCGCAAAUGUUCAACAUUGCAGCCAGUCGAGGAGACUUCCCAGUUUUACGGAGGAUAUGGCAUACAUUGAGGAGUUUAAAAGCAAAUUGAAUGAAGCCAUGGGUGCUUUCAAUACAUCUCAGAUAAUUGAAGAAAAUUCAAACAGAACUUGGAUUUAUACCAGCACAGAGACUGAGGCUACAGUAGCCAAACAAUCUAUGCAUCAAGUUAAUGUUUUGGCAGGAGCACAGGAUAUUCAGAUGGACAAUGCUGUAAUUAUUGCUGCAAAUACUGUCAACUACAAUAAUGGGGAACUUCCAUGCCACAUGAAUGAGAGAAUAGAAGAAUCAAAGAAAAAUGAAUGGUUGAAAGAAUUGAAGGCUCCAUCACAUCAACAAAGGGAAAGAUGCAUGCCUGGAACUUGUCUGGAUGUGCUCAGAGACAUCCAAGUGUGGCUUUGUGAUCUCAACAUGCCAAAUAUUCUCUGGCUAUCUGGAAGUCCUGGUUCUGGAAAGACAACAAUUGCUUCAACUGUUGUUGCUGACUUUGAAUCUUUCUCUGGGCAAUUCUUCUUUCACCGUGAUCAGGCUGAGUUUUGUGAUCCAGACAAUCUGUGGAGGCAUGUUGCUUUGGAUCUUGCACUAGGAAACAAUGCUCUAGGGAAAUCUAUCGCUAAGGCAUUAGAGACACAGAAAGCUAACAUCAGGGGUCUUGAUAUUUCUAUGCAAUUUGAGCAUCUCAUUGUUAAACCAGUUCAAGAGCUGUUUCAAGACACUUAUGAGAAGCUUUUACCUUCAUUGAAGUCCUGGUCUUGGCUGCUUCCCAAGUGUCUGAAACUUUUCAUCACAAGUCGUCGCUAUCUUGAUAUUCAGAGAACAUUGAAUUCUGUUAGCCAGCAUAUUGAUCUUCAUACUGGAGAUAAAGUUUCUAAUCAGACCUCUAAAGAUCUUGAGCUUUACUUUACCACCAGAUUCUUUGACAUCACUAGAUUGCAUAUAUCACUGCAUUUGGACUGGCCUGGUCCAGAUAAAAUUUCUUUUCUUGUAAGGAAGGCUGCAGGGCUCUAUAUUUGGGCUAAAUCUGCAAUGGACUUUAUUUUGCACAGAGGUGGUGACACCAAAGCAAGGUUGAAUGUCAUUUGCUCUGACUCUGGGGAAGGCAUUGAUGCCAUUGACACCUUGUACCAGCACAUUGUUUUUGUUGCUUUUCAGGGGUUAAGAGAAGCAGAAAAAAAAUCUUUAUCAUCAGUUUUAGGAGCAAUUGUUAUUGCAAAGAACCCACUUCGUACAAGUGAUCUUGAACAGCUUUUGGGAGUUCAAGAUACAUUGUCAAUAGUUAGCCAACUGAGCCCAGUACUGUUAAUCAGUAAUACUGGCCAUUUGCAUAUCUGUCAUCAGUCAUUUACAGAGUUUCUGCUUGACCGAAAGCGCUCUAAGACUUUUUGGGUGGAUUCUCAGAAGCAUAGUCUCUGUUUUGCUGGAUCUUGUAUGAAAUAUAUGAGUGCAAAACUCAAAUUCAACUUUUUUGAUCUGGAAACAUCACAUAUUCUAAACAAAGAUAUUCCAAACCUGAUGGUCCAUAUUAAAAAUGUGAAAUCUACUGCUCUGGAUCAUGCAAGCUACUUCUGGGCAAUCUAUCUGCAAAAGUGUCCUGAUGAGGAGGUAUUACAAGAGGAGAUAAUAGGUCAGAUGGAGGAUUUUUUGAUGAACCAUCUCUUACAUUGGCUAGAAAUUAUGAGCCUGAUGGAGGCUGUAAAUCAUGCUGCCCACUUACUGCUGUUGACUGAAAAUUGGUGCAGAGUAUUGAAGCCUAGUAUGUCAGAGUUUGCAAGUGAUGCAAACCACUUUAUAAUGACAUUUUUUGAGCCAAUAUCUGAUGCAGCACCACACAUUUACAUCUCAGCACUGCCAUUUGCACCACAAAAUUCUAAAAUAUCUCUUCAUUUCAUGAAACAUUUUGUAAAGACUUUGACAAUUGAGAAUGGUCAGAUGAAACAGUGGCCAGACAGGUGCCUUCUAAAAAUAAAGGGUGGUAAUGGUCCACUUGCAUAUUCACCUGAUGGCAGGCACAUUGUCUCUGGAUCUGGUGGAGGAGCUAUUCAUGUCUGGGAUGCUCUCACAGGCCAUAAUAUCAUGGAUUUUAAAGGCCAUGCUCACUAUGCAAGUUCAGUUGCAUAUUCUCCCACUGGGAAACACAUAAUCUCAGGAUCUUGGGACAAGACAAUUAAAAUCUGGGAUGUUUUAACAGGCCAGUGUGUCAUGGGUCCUCUUGAAGGCCAUGAUCAUUGGGUUGUCUCAGUAGCAUUUUCUCCAGAUGGUGGGCACAUUGUCUCUGGAUCCAAUGAUAAGACAAUCAGAGUUUGGGAUACUCUCACAGGCCAGAGUGUCAUGGAUCCCCUAAGAGGCCAUGGUGAUUGGAUUACUUCAGUUGCAUAUUCUCCAAGUGGCAGGCAUAUUGUUUCAGGGUCCCAUGAUUGCACAGUCAGAAUCUGGGAUGCUGGAACAGGUCAGUGUCUGAUGGAUCCACUUAUUGGUCAUGGUAAGGGAGUUUACUGUGUUGCAUACUCUCCUGAUGGAAUGAACAUUGUUUCUGGAUCUAAUGAUGAGACAAUCAGAGUCUGGGAUGCUUUAUCUGGUCAGAGUGUAAUGGUUCUUUUUAGAGGAUCAGAUCCCAUCAACACAGUAGCUUUUUCACCUGAUGGCAAGCACAUUAUUUGUGCAACUGGAAACCGCAUAAUUAGAUUCUGGAAUGCUCUGACAAAUCACUGCAUGUUAAGUCCUCUUGUGGAUGAUGAGUGCUCUGUUUUCACAGUUGCUUUUUCACCCAAUGGCAAGCAUAUUAUUUCUGGAUGUGAGGGCAAUACAAUCAAAGUUUGGGAUGCUUUGGCAGGUCACACUGAGGUAGAUCAUGUAAGAGGCCAUGACAAAGCAAUAAGUUCAGUUGCAUUUUCUCCUAAUAGCAAACACAUUGUUUCUGGGUCUAAUGAUAGAACCCUCAGAGUUUGGGAUGCUCUGACAGGUCUAAGUGUCAUGGGUCCACUUAGAGGUCAUGAUGCGGAGGUUAGAUCAGUUGCAUUUUCUCCUGAUGGCAGAUACAUUGCCUCUGGAUCUCAUGAUUGCACAGUCAGAGUCUGGGAUGCUUUCACAGGUCAGAAUGUCAUAGAUCCUCUAAAAGGCCAUGAUAAAGUAGUUACUUCUGUUGCAUUUUCUCCUGAUGGUAGAUACAUUACCUCUGGAUCUUGGGACAAGACAGUCAGAGUCUGGAAUACACUGACAGGGCAGAGUGUCUUAGAUUCUUUCAUAGGACACACUGAUUUCAUUCAUUCAGUCUCAUUUUCUCCAGAUGGCAAAUUGAUCAUCUCUGGGUCUGAAGACAGAACAAUCAGAGUAUGGGAUGCCCUGACAGGUCAAAGUAUAAUGAAUCCUCUUAUAGGUCAUAAGCGUGGUGUUAACACUGUUGCCUUUUCUCCUGAUGGAAGGUACAUUGUGUCUGGAUCUCAUGAUAAAACUGUCAGAGUGUGGGAUUUUAGCACAGGACAGAGUGUCAUGGAUCCUCUAAAAAGCCAUGAUGGAUGGGUUUAUUCAGUUGCAUUCUCUCCUGAUGGGAAGUAUAUUGUUUCUGGUUCUUAUGACAAAACAAUUAGACUCUGGGAUGGUGUAACAGGUCACAGUGUGGGAGGUCCAUUCAAAGGCCAUUGUGAAGCUGUUCUAUCAGUUGUCUUUUCAUGUGAUGGUAGGCAUAUCACUUCUGGAUCUUUAGACAAUACCAUCAGACUCUGGGAUGCUCAUGAAUCCUGCAUAGACUCAGCUCCUUCAGUUGCAUUGCCAUCCACAUUCUUGCCAUAUGGAGUUAUAAAUGAUGUUAAUGACACUGAUACCCAUCACAGUGUAUCUGACAUUUUCAAGAGCAAACCAAUUGUUUUCUAUCCUGGUGAUGGUGGAUAUUGGAUGGUGGGAGAAGAUUCCAAGUCAUUUCUCUUCUGGGUGCCACCAAGCAAUAGACGUGGUUUAUUCUUCCCAAGAACAAUCAAUGUAUUGAACAGCACUCCAACCACCCUUGAUUUUAGUAACUUUGUUCAUGGUACAAAUUGGAGUCAAUGUUUUUCACCAGUGUUAUAA